GUGUGGUUCUGUGAUGACAGUGAACGCACUGUAUGCAGCACAUGCUGUCUGUGUGCAGUGCGAGCGCUCUGCACACAACUGCUUCUGGCCCAGCAGUGGGCAGCAUGGACCCCAUCUUCCCUACAGUCUCAGGUGACUACAUCAUUAAGGAGAAGACGGUUUUGCUGCAGAAGAAGGACAACGAGGGGUUCGGUUUCGUCCUGCGUGGAGCCAAGGCGCAGACCCCCAUCGAGGAGUUCACGCCCACCCCGGCCUUCCCCGCCCUGCAGUACCUGGAAUCCGUGGAUGAGGGGGGCGUGGCCUGGCGCGCCGGCCUCCGCAUGGGGGACUUCCUGAUCGAGGUCAACGGGCAGAACGUGGUGAAGGUUGGGCACCGGCAGGUUGUGAACAUGAUUCGCCAGGGGGGCAACAACCUGAUGGUGAAGGUCGUCAUGGUAACCAGGAACCCUGAGAUGGAAGAGGCCAUGAGAAAGAAAGCGGCUCCCCAGCAGACGAAACGACUUCCCCCCCCAGCCAUCUCCCUGCGCUCCAAAUCCAUGACCUCUGAGCUGGAGGAGAUGGUGGAGAAAGUCUCCCCCUGGAAGAAGAGGAGUGAUUACGAGCCGGCGCUGGCCACAGAGAAGAAGAGGACGGUCUAUCAGAUGGCACUGAACAAGCUGGAUGAGAUCCUGGCUGCAGCUCAGCAGACGAUCAGCGUGGGGGAGGGACCCAGCUCCGGAGGGCUCCCCUCCCUGGGGAAGGCCCGGGGGCCCAAGGGCUACUUCACCUCUGAGGCAAACUUCGAGCCGCAUCGGAUGGGGCAGCCCACUUACGAGCGCCCAUCGUACCUGCCCCCCGGUGCCCCCCAGGGCCUCAUGCUGCGCCAGAAAUCCAUCGGCUCGGCGGAGGACGAGAAGCCCUACCUGGCUCCCCCAGCCAUGAAAUUCAGCCGCAGCUUGUCCGUCCCCGGCUCGGAGGACAUCCCCCCGCCCCCCACCACCUCCCCUCCCGAGCCCCCUUACAGCGCCCCCCCCUCCGCCACCGGCCGCCUCACCCCUGCCGUGCGCUCCACCUUCAACCCGGCCGCUGAGGCCAAGCUCUACCCGGCCUCGCUGCGCCAGGAGCCGCCUGCCUUCGAGGGCCCGGCCCGGCGCGAGAAGCUGGCCAUGUACCGCCAGGAGCUGGAGCGUGGGGCCGAGGCUGGGCCCACCCGGGGCUGGCGCGGGCACCAUCCACACCCGGAGCUGCGUUACUACAACCUGCCGGCCCGGGCGGCCAGCGCCGCCAUGUACAUCCCGGCCAAGCCGCUGCGCCGGAAAGGCCCGCUGGUGAAGCAGACCAAGGUGGAGGAUGAGCAGAGGCAGCAAGGGGCUGCCCCCCAGACUCAGCCGCCCCCGACGCCGCCCACCCCGGCGCCGCCCGCCCCCGAGAAGAACUCCAUCGCCAUCCCCACCAUCGUCAUCAAAGCCCCCUCCACCAGCAGCAGCGGGCGCAGCAGCCAGGGCAGCAGCAUGGAGGCCGAGGGGCAGCCAGAGCCGGCCCCGGUGCCCGCCUUGCCCCUCCACAACAGCAUGGACUUCACCAGCCAGUUUGGAGCGGCCCUGGUGGGGGCGGCACGGCGGGACCGGGAGUGGCACAGCGAGGCCCGCCGUCGCUCCGCCCUCUUCCUCUCCACCGAGGUGCCAGAGGACGAGGCGCCCGAGCCGGCUUCAGCGCCCCGGCUCCGGCACUCGAAGAGCAUCGACGAGGGCAUGUUCUCGGCCGAGCCCUACCUGCAGCUGAAUUACGCCCAGCCCCUGCCGCCGGGUACCUAUUACCAGCCCCGCCCCGCCAAGGGCUAUGGGGGAACCAGCACCACCAGCGCCUUCACCACCGUCUGCUCCAGCUUCCUGCCCCAGCUUCAGCCCCGGCCGGGCGGCGGGAACGCGCUGCCCCUCAUCCACCCCCUGACGGGCAAGAUCCUGGACCCGGGCUCGCCCCUGGGCCUGGCGCUGGUGGCCCGGGAGCGGGCGCUGCAGGAAUCGCACUCCCAGCAGCUGCAGCAAGGCCGGGCGGAGGCGGAGGAGCGAAGGUCCCGCCCAUCCUCGCCCCGGUUCGGGGAGGUGGCGCCGGAGCCCUCUGGAGGAAGCGGUUCCAUCCUGCGCCUGUGGGGGGCGCCGGCGGGCGAGCCGCCCCCGGAGAGCCCCCGGCGCCAGGCCCCCUCCGAGCCCAAGGGCGGCCCAUGGGCGGGGGAGAAGCGGGGGGAGGAGGGGGCCGGGGGCGAGAAGCUGCAUGUGCGCUUCGUGGAGAACUGCCGGCCCCAGGAGGAGAGCGAGCCGGCGCCGGCCCAGGGGGUGGAGGAGAACGGGCUGCCCCUGCUGGUCCUCCCGCCGCCGGCUCCCUCCGUCGACGUGGACGAUGAGUUCCUCUUCACCGAGCCGCUGCCCCCGCCGCUGGAGUUCUCCAACAGCUUUGAGAAGCCCGACUCCCCCAAGGCGGGCCGGGAGCCCCCCGCCGUCCCCGCCCCGGAGCCGGUGCCCGCGCCACCGCCGCCCGCCACCACUGCCCUGGACUCCACCACCUCCAGCCUGACCUCCUACGACAGCGAGGUGGCCACGCUGACCCAGGGCGGGGCGCCCGAGCCCCGGGAGGCCCCCCACGUCAACUUCUCCUCGGUGGUGUCCUCCAUCCAGAUCCCGGCGCCCGAGCCCCCCGAGGCGGUGACCGACUCAGGCAUUGAGGAGAUCGACAGCCGGAGCAGCAGCGACCACCACCUGGAGACCAUCAGCUCCGUCUCCACCCUGUCCAGCAUGUCGGGGCUGUCCAGUGAGGGGGUGGAGCUGCUGGACAGUUACGUCACCUACCUGGACGGCCAAGCCUUCGGGGGCCCGGCGGAGAAGCCCAGCAAGCUGCGUUCCCGGCCCUUCCCCGCCCGCCGCGACCCCGCCACCCCCACCAGCUCCACCAUCUCGGUGGCGGCCUGCGCCGAGAGCGUUUUCGCCCUCACGCCCGCCCCGGCCCAGGAGCCGCCCGCCCCGCAGCGCCGCUCGCCCACCCUGCCCUGGGAGGAGGGCGGGGCGGCCAAGCCCUCGCCCGUCUCGGCCAUGAAAGCCAGCAUCAUCACGCCAAAGGUAGCGUCCGGAGGAGGCCGGAUGGAUGGAUGGAUGGAGGAAGCCAGCAGCACCGCCGGGGGCGCCCCGUGCAUGCCUCACGCCGCCGUGCCCGUCACUCAUGUUUGCUUUGGGCUCCCCGAGGACGUGUCGGGCCCCUCCAAGCCGCCCGGCAGCCUGUUCCACAACUGGCCCAAGGCGGGGCCGGGCGCCAAGCCCCCGAAGAGCGUGGAGUUCGACAUCCGCCCGGCGCUGCGCCGCGCCCCCAGCCCCGCCGCCCUGCCCAGCGAGCACAAGAUCAGCCUGGCCCCCCGGCCCUCCUCCCUGCCCAUCCUGCCCUCCGUCCCCCUCUACGGCGGCAUCUACGACCUGCGCGGCUCCCCCCCCUCCGGCCCCUGCCCCUUCCCCGACUUCCCCUCCGGCAGCCGCUCCCUCUCGCCCACCCACUUCCUGCCCCCGGCCACGGACAAGCCCUUCGGCGCCAAGCCCCUGCCCUUCUGGACCAAAUUCGACGUGGCCGACUGGCUGGAGUACCUGAAACUGGGCGAGCACCGCGAGCGCUUCCUGGACAACGAGAUCGACGGCUCCCACCUGCCCUCGCUCACCAAGGAGGAUUACAUCGACCUGGGCGUCACCCGGGUCGGGCACCGCAUGAACAUUGGCCGCGCCCUCAAGCUCUUCCUGGAGAGGUGAUGAGAGAAUCCCCCGCCCCAGGAGAGGGGAGCCCCUAGCCCCCUAGCCCCCCCAGGAGAGAGGGGAGCCCACCCCAGCUGCCCCGAGGACACACAGGCCCGAAUGGAUGACGCCAGGAGCAAGGAAAAGCCGGGUGGCGAUGCCCCCUCCCAACUCCAGAGAGUGAGGGGCCCCCAGCAACACCUCCCUUUGGAAAGGGGCCUUGGAUCCCGGGGGGGGCAUAGAGGGGGCUGGCAGGCAAGGAAGAGAACAUUGUGUAAUGGCUUGGCUCCAUGCCGCCUUGCACCAUUGCUCAUGUGUGCGCAUUCGCUUGUGCACCGGCUUGCACCAUUGCUCAUGUGUGCGUGCUCCCCUGUGCCCCCACCAGCAUAAUCACUAGUGUGUGUGCGCUCUGUGUGCCGUCUGUUGCGACGUGUACCCUCGGCUAGGUGUUAGCUUGUCCAUUAGCACACUGCGAAUCAGCGGAUGUUGUCGCUUGUGCAUGCACACUUGCCAUCUCACACUGUUGCUCACGUGUACACUUGCCUAUGCACUGGCUUGCACCAUUGCUCACACGUGCAUGCUCACCUGUGCACCUCUUUGCAUCAUCACUAGUGCACCCAUGCUCUAUGUAUCAGCUGUCGCACAUGGGCACUCAGCUGUGCGCUAGCUUGCACAUUUGCACACGGAGAUCAGUGUACACUGUCACUUGUGUGUGCACACUUGCUGCCAUAUCACACCAUUGCUCAUGUGGACACUUAGUUGCACGUGGGCUUGCACCAAUGCUUGUCUGCACAUUCAGCUUCAUGUCUGCUUGCACCAUUGUCCUCAUGCUCAUCUGCUCGUGCCAUCAGUCAUGGACACAUUCAGCUACUCACCAGCUUGCACCAUUGCCCACACAAGCAUACUUAGCUGGGCCCCAACUUGCACCAUCACUCGCACGUGCACAUUUGGAGCAUUGGCUUGCACCAUUGCCUGCACGAGGACAGUUGCCAUUGCUUGUAUGUGCGCCAUCACUGUACCCUCCCCCACCACCUUGCACACUAGCCCCUGCUCUGCCCUGCCACACAGACCGGGUCGUGCUUUCUCACGCACGUGUCAGGGGCUGCAUGUGCCUGUGCCUUGCUGGGCUGUCCGUGGGUUCGGGGUGAACCAUCCUCCCUAGUGCUCCAAGGGGGAGGGGUGAAUUGGGGAGCAACAGGAUUGAGGGUGGGGGCGACAGGCACAAGAUGGGGGAGCUCCU